AUGUUGUCCAUCCUUGGACUGUUCCUGCUGUUCCUUGGAAAUGUCAACGCUCAGGGGAAAGAACCUUUGCCGAAACGGUGCGAAAAGAUCUAUGAGAGGUUCAUUAAGAACCAUACCAGAGGUUACCACCCUCCCAUAUGGCUCACUAUUUGGAUGCAAUGGCACUUAUUAUCCAACGGAACCCAGAAUGAUGACCUCACGGUCGUGUGCCUCUACUUCUUUCGCCUAUUUCAAUAA